CUGGGCAGACCAGUGAGUUGAUCGCAGUAGCAUACUUGUGCAAGUGACAUAUGUGUUCAUUAUUGCCUUGGAUACAUUCAUGUAGUUACAUUGUUUUGAAUUAAAAACAAAUUUCUUACAGUUCUGUCUCUAUUUGCAGCUUAUCUAGUAAAGAUGGAGAGUAUUCUUUCAAAGCUUUUCUCCUCCGAGACAGAAGAGUUGUAUGUUUUGGACUGCCUGGCAUACUUCAUGAUUUUCAUGGCUGCUUGUACCUUCAUAACUUUACUCUUUGAGAAUGUCCCAUAUGGCAGAUACGCAACAAGCAGAUAUGGAUUCCCCGUCAACGUCAAAUUCGCCUGGUUCGUUCAGGAGCUACCUGCUUUUCUGGUGCCACUGUGCCUUGUGCUGUGGACUUCUGCUGCGAAAACCACUCAUCUUCCCAAUCAGUUACUGCUGGUCAUGUACUUCUGCCACUAUGUGCAAAGAUCUCUCAUCUAUCCAUUUUUAAUUCGUGGAGGGAAAUCUACACCAUUUGCAUCAUUCGCCCUGGCCUUUGUGUUCUGCAUCUAUAAUAGCUACAUGCAGGUCAGAUACCUGAGCCACUAUGCAGAGUACCCUGCUGAUUGGGUUACAAGCCCCUGCUUCAUCACAGGCUCUGCGCUGUGGUUGGUGGGUUGGUUGGUGAACGUUCACUCUGACCACAUUCUGAGGAACCUACGGAAGCCCGGAGAGACCGGCUACAAGACACCAACAGGUGGGCUGUUUGAGUAUGUGUCUGGAGCAAACUUCUUUGGCGAAAUAACAGAGUGGGCGGGAUUUGCCCUGGCGGCUCAUUCUGUCCACAGCGCAUCCUUCUCCAUCUUCACUCUCAUUGUUCUUGCCAGCAGAGCCUUCGCUCACCACAGGUGGUACCUUCAGAAAUUCGAAGACUACCCCAAGUCCAGGAAGGCAUUGAUACCAUUCGUAUUAUAAUGAAUCACUACAACGAUCCAACCUCCAACAGCAACGAGCUGUGACCCUAUGCUACAUCAUCUGGGGUCUGGUUAGGUUUGUUAUUGCUUGUUUGUUUGUGUUCACCUCAAGAUAAUGGGUACAAGGAUGAACACUGAAUGAGUACUGACAAUUCUAUUCACUGGUAAGAUAUGAAGAGCUCUAGAAACCACAACACCACUGUCAAGAUUAUCAGACAUACCCUGAUGAAGGCUACAAUGCCAAGAAGAGGCAAUUUAAUCAACUUUUUUUUCCCUCCAAGAGUGGCUGUAUAUUUUUCACAUGGUUGCACCUGACCUAUCACCAUCAACUUGAAUAUGUCCCGCAAUGAGAUUUACUAUAGUAUGUGGCGACUAUUACUUUUACAAUAAUCUUCACAACGGACCAACCAACAGUACCAAUCCUCAGUACUGGAGCUAGCUUACUAUGGUUCUGCUCCAUUUCAACACAUCCCCUAACCUCUACCCUUCCCCUAACUCCCUGCAGCAGCGUGUGCAUCUCUCGCUCGCCCUCUCUGUUGCGUGCAGGCUGAGAAUAAACCAACCAUCAAAACACACAAUCUGUCAGUAGAGCUCUAGUUUCCCCGGUGAGACAACCCAGUGCUAGAAGGACUGAGAAUUAACUUACUGUCAACACACAGGAAUGCGCACACACACAGAUUUCACUGCUUGUGGAAGAAAAUAGCUCUCUGUAUGUGCGUGCACUCACGUGUGUGUCAGAGGAAUCUGUCAUGAGCAGUGCUGUAGUCUUCCCCUAUGAGUUAUAGUGCUAGCAGCACUGAGGAUGAACCAACCCUCACCACACACACACACAGACAGUGAGGCGACCCCAGCCUUAGGGCUGAAAAUCAGGUUAUGAACCAGAGAGAGAGAUACAAAUGAGAGAAAUGCUCCAUUCAGUCAGUAAGGCCACUGGAUUAGCCUAACAUCCAGAGCUUGUUGCUGCUAUAGAAAGAGACCAAAAGAAAGGGAGAGUGAAAAAAGGUAGAGAGCACUCUUCAUUUCUAUGGGCAAUAGAAUGUGUGUGUGUGAGAGAUAGUGAAGGCAAGGGAGGAAGAGAGUGAUGGAGGGAGAGAGAAUGGGAUAGUGAGAGAGAGUGACCAAUACUCACCCUUUCUUGCUCUGGGGGUUUUCCUUGGCUCUGUCACAUGCACUACGUGAGCAGGGAGGGAAGCAGACAUUAUGCAAAGAGCACACACACACACACACACACACACAGUACAGAAGGUGCUGCCAGUAGGCUCCAGCUUGCCUCAUUCCAUUACAGAGUUUAAUGGGCUGGAAGAUGGCUGUGUGCAGAGUUGACUGCAAAUGGUGUCUGGACUCGCUCUCUCUUUGCAUGUGUGUGUGUGUGUAAUGAUGAACACCUCUAGUUAUGUGUUCCCUGUCUCCUUCCCAGUGCUGUGUCUUCACAUGUAGUUAAUAGUAUAAAUCUGGUAAGUGAGGAUAGUAUAUUUCUAAUUGGGCUGCAAUUAUUUUUGUACUGAAACAAUGGAUUAAUUUCAAUGAUAUUUACAUUUACAUCAUUUAGCAGACGCCCUUAUCCAGAGCGACUUACAAAUUGGUGCAUUCAACUUA